AUGGCGACCAACAGGAACGCUGCUCCGGGCGGUAGUUUGAGCGGUGCCGGGCAGACGCAAGAACUUGACCCCAUAUGGAUGUCAAGUCGGACGGCGAGACAAAUAUACGCUCUCGGGGAGGUCGAGAAGGAUAUCAGCCGCCUUCUCUCCUUAGCGGCGUCCUCCAUCUCACUGCUGACUCUGCCCCAGACCGAUGGCGCGAACGACGGCUUGCCACAGGGCGGAGAGCGGUCGGAGCAGUUCGUGUUGGAAGUGAGCGAGUACUUCGAACGGUUGGAUAAUAUACACAUUGCCAUCCGCUCUUCCUUGGCGCAUAUCAGGCAGUCACGAAUAGCCCCGUCCGCGAUCAAUGCUCCGCCACCCGGCUUCGUUCCUCCUUCUCUAGGAGUGGGCCUGCCUUCGUCGGAUGGUGACUUGCAGAAGGAAAGCAGGGGUUUGCAGGAGGAGAGGGUAGAGAGGGACGCGUGGAAAGGAAUCCUGGAUGCGCUGACGAGAUUGAAGGAGCAGAGAGACAGGGAUCGUGCUGCGAAGGAUCAACUUGGCCGGACAGCGAUGGAUGCGCAGAUGUCUACGACAUGA